AUGCACGUUCUCCGGUUAAGCCGACUCGCGGGGACUGCGCAGUUUCGGCUGCUUCAUGCUUCACCAUGUUUCCUGGCUAAAGUUCCCAUGAGCAAGUUCGAAAAGGAUGCCUAUUUACCCUAUGAGAAACUCGCUGUCAACGUGAAGGUUGUAAGAGAUAGGCUGAAGCGUCCUUUGACCCUCUCCGAAAAGAUUCUCUAUGGACAUUUGGAUCAACCAAGUACGGAGAAGAUCGAACGUGGCGUUUCCUACCUUCGAUUGCGUCCUGAUAGAGUUGCCAUGCAAGACGCGACGGCUCAGAUGGCUAUGCUUCAGUUCAUCUCCUCCGGUUUACCAAAAGUUGCUGUUCCAUCAACAAUUCACUGUGAUCACUUAAUCGAAGCUCAGAAAGGAGGAGCGCCGGAUCUAAUGAGAGCAAAGGACUUGAAUAAGGAGGUGUACAACUUUCUGGCUUCGGCAGGAAACAAAUACGGAGUUGGGUUCUGGAAACCGGGAUCAGGAAUAAUUCAUCAGAUUAUCUUGGAGAACUACGCGUUCCCUGGACUACUGCUAAUUGGCACCGACUCUCACACCCCUAAUGGAGGUGGACUUGGUGGUUUGUGCAUUGGAGUAGGAGGAGCGGAUGCUGUUGACGUCAUGGCAAAUAUUCCUUGGGAGCUGAAGUGCCCGAAAGUGAUUGGAGUUCGGCUUACCGGAAAACUUUCUGGUUGGACCUCAGCCAAAGACAUCAUUCUCAAAGUUGCUGAUAUCCUCACCGUGAAAGGAGGCACUGGAGCUAUAAUUGAGUAUUUUGGUCCUGGCGUUGACUCUCUUUCAGCUACAGGAAUGGGAACGAUCUGCAACAUGGGGGCGGAAGUUGGAGCCACUACCUCAGUGUUCCCCUUCAAUGAAAGCAUGAAGCAGUAUCUCGAGUCUACUGGACGUGCGGAAAUCGCGAAAGAGGCAGGUAAAUACAAAGAACUACUCACUUCCGACGAUGGAGCACAUUACGACAAGGUUAUCGAAAUUAAUUUGGACACCCUGAUUCCUCACGUUAACGGUCCUUUUACUCCUGACCUUGCCUCACCAAUCGACAAGCUGGGAGAAAAUGCGAAGAAAAACGGAUGGCCGCUGGACGUUAAAGUCGCCCUAAUAGGUUCAUGUACUAACUCAUCCUAUGAAGAUAUGACUCGAGCCGCAUCUAUUGCAAAACAGGCACUUGAUAAAGGCCUGAAAGCAAAAACUCUGUUCACUGUAACACCGGGCUCUGAACAGGUUCGAGCAACAAUUGAAAGAGAUGGACUCUCGAAAAUAUUUAGUGACUUCGGAGGAAUGGUUCUUGCGAAUGCUUGCGGACCUUGCAUCGGACAGUGGGAUCGCAAGGAUGUAAAGAAAGGAGAAAAGAAUACCAUUGUAACUUCAUAUAACCGUAACUUCACUGGUCGUAAUGAUGCCAAUCCAGCCACUCAUGCAUUCGUCACCUCACCAGAUAUCGUGACGGCAAUGGCGAUCUCGGGAAGACUUGAUUUUGAUCCGCGAAAGGAUGAACUCACUGCUGCUGAUGGAACCAAAUUCGUGCUGAAACCUCCUGUUGGAGAAGCUUUGCCGAAAAAAGGUUACGAUCAAGGCGAAGACACUUUCCAGCCCCCAUCACAAUCAGGGAAGGUUGAAGUUGAUCCUAAUUCCCAGCGCCUGCAACUGCUCCACCCAUUCAACAAAUGGGACGGGAAGGAUCUAGAAGAUAUGGUCAUCCUUAUCAAAGUGAAAGGAAAGUGCACAACAGAUCAUAUCUCUGCUGCUGGACCGUGGCUCAAAUACAGAGGCCAUCUAGACAAUAUCUCAAAUAACCUGUUUCUAACUGCCGUAAAUGCUGAGAAUGGUGAGAUGAACAAAGUUCGCAAUCAUCUCACGGAUCAAUUUGGCACUGUUCCCGAGACUGCGAGAUACUACAAAGCGCAUGGUGUUAGCUGGGUAGCAAUUGGUGACGAAAACUAUGGAGAGGGUUCAAGUCGUGAACAUGCAGCUCUUGAACCACGUCAUCUUGGAGGGCGCGCUAUCAUUACUAAAUCGUUCGCAAGAAUUCAUGAAACUAAUUUGAAGAAGCAAGGAAUGCUGCCACUUACUUUCUCGAACCCUGCCGACUAUGACAAGAUUGACUCAGGAGACAAGAUUUCAAUUAUUGGGUUGAAAGACUUCGCCCCAGGAAAACCACUCAAAGCUGUCAUUAAGAAGACGGAUGGCUCAAAGAUUGAAAUCUCCCUUAACCACAGCUUCAAUGAACACCAAAUUGAAUGGUUCAAGGCUGGAUCUGCAUUGAAUAGAAUGAAGGAGAUGUUCAGCCAUUAA